AUGAGUAAAGCAAUUUCAGUAGGGGGAAUAAUCUUGAUGGGAAUCAAGUCAGCUAGCCUCACAUCACUUGUCAGCAUUAGCGUAUUGUUUAUGGUUCUAUGUUGUUUAAUAGAACUAUACGACGACUUCUAUUCAUCUUUUGUUCAGCCCUCACUAGACUUCCUCUAUGUCACAUGGAAAUGUUAUUCCGCCAAGGGGACUAAUCCUCACUCUAACGACGAUAAUCAUGAUUGCAGAGACACUAGGUGGAUAUUACGAGCAGAAGUUGAGAUGGUAAUGGAAAGAUUAGGACUUUCUAGCCACCCAAAUUGUGACAAGAAGUUGCAAGAGAGAUUUAGUUCACAUGAGAUAGCAAAUAUGUUCAAUGUGAAUGAGCCAAGCCUAGGGGAAGUCCAGCAAGCUUUCGAUUUGUUUGAUGAGAAUAGUGAUGGUUAUGUAGACCAAAAGGAGUUAGCUAGAGUCCUCAAGAGGCUGGGCUUAAAAGAAUUUUCAGAAACAGAAUAUCGGAAGAUGAUUAAAAUUUAUGAUCGAAACGGGGACGGACUUAUUGAUUUUUUCGAGUUCUGUGAGCUCGUCGAGGAUAGCUUUAGUUGUUAA